CUUAUAUACCCUGUGGCUAUUGUUUCGUCAUUCCCUCUCCAUGCAACUAAAUUUCCCUUUCCAUAACUUAUGUUACUUCUUCGGUUCUAUUCUCAACGAAAAAUAUCAAUAUGUUCAAUGAUAUUUGUAAGUAGGGAGGAUGUCACAAACCAAUGAUAUCUUUAGAAACAAGCAAUAAGCCAAUGACGACAGUUGUCUCGUCUGUGAUAUAUGUAAAUAAUGAAAAUAAUUGAGAAAAAGAGAGAGAAAAUUAAAAAGUUCCCCAAACAGGAUAAGUAUGACCGAUAAAAAUGGAAAUUUGGCCGCGUGGAGAAGAUAGCUCUCCCCUCCCACUCGUACAAUUCAUGACUGUAGUAUACAUAGAUUCUUUUUAAACCACACAAAAUUGGAGUAUAAAGUUUGAUUACAGGCGAAGUGAUGUCUGACAACAAAAAAUCGGAAGAAAAAGUAGAAGAUUCGGAGUUAAAUGAUUUAUUAGAUAGUGCUUUGGAAGAUUUUAAUAAGAGUUCUACAUUAGAUGUGAAAGAUGAUGAUGAAACAGCAUCAAAAACUGUGCCACUAAGUAAUGCAGAGGAGACAGCAUCUGCAGAUAUUGAUAAUUUAUGGACACAAGAUUUUAUUAAGCAUGCUGCGGAUCAAUUUGAAAAAAAUUUUCAAAAUUUAAUGCAAAAUGGAUCAGAAAGCGAAUUAGGAGCUUCAUUUCAAAAAAUGGCUCAAACAGUUGCCAAUGCUAUAGUUGAUGGAGAAACUACAGAUGGUGAACCUACAAGUGCUGAUUUCCAGUCAGCUAUUGCUCAAGCUUUAAAGGAUUUAUCUGUUACAUCAGAAAAUUUGCAGAAUGAACCAGAUCUUGCCUCAAUGUUUGGGCAAAUGAAUUUGGAAGAAGGUGCAGGGGAUAUAUUGCCAUUUAUGCAAGGCAUGAUGCAAUCUCUUUUAUCCAAAGAUAUAUUGUAUCCAUCAUUAAAAGAACUAGUAGAUAAAUAUCCUGAAUGGUUAGAACAAAAGAGAGAUACAUUACCCUCAGCUGAUUUACAAAGAUAUACAAAACAAUUAGAAUUAAUGCAAAAGAUUUGUAAUGAAUUAGAAAAAGAAAAGGAUACUGAUUCAGAAGAAAUUAAAAAACGACGUUUUGAAAUGAUAUUAUCACUUAUGCAAGAUAUGCAAACUUAUGGCCAACCUCCUGAAGAGCUUAUUGGAGAACAUCCAGCUCUUUUACAAUUUGACUCUGAGGGUAAUCCUAUUAUUCCACCAUUACCUCCUGGAGUAGAAAUUCCACAAAAUUGCUGUAUUAUGUAAAACAAUCGCAUUGUAGAUUUUUCUAUAUAAAUGAAUAUAUCCCUUUUAUCGAUUACACAUAAAAACGAUGGCAGUCAGAAUUGGGAAUAUUUAAGUUUGUAUUAUGUAACACGUGAAUAACAUGUUCAUGUAAUGUUAGAAACGUUCCAUUUUUAGAGGAAUGAAAACAAAUUUUUUAACAUGGUCAAUAUUUUUUUUAGAAAAAUGAAGGUACAUAUUUUGUAUCCAUUGUAUAUUAUUAUACACAAUAAUUUAUAUAAAAGUUAAUAGUAUAUAUGAGUGAAGACUGUUUUGUUUUGUUUUUACAUAAAAUAAAUUUAUCGAAAAAAUAUUAUGUUUAGUUUUUGCACUUAUUAAUGUUAAAUCAGAUGCAAUAUAUGUUUGUAUAGAUACUUUCUUUCUCUAAAUAAUUAAAACAUUUGGCUGUAA